AUGAAACGUCAUCGAAUAUGUAUUGUAGGUGGUGGUGCAGCAGGUUUAGCAUGUGCACGUGUUCUUGCAUCAGAUGAUUAUAAUUGUGAACCGACUAUUUUUGAACAAAAUCCAUUUAUUUGUGGUCAAUGGCAUUAUGAUCCUGAUGGCAUAUCAGAGACAACAGCUGUUUAUAAAGAUUUAAGAACGAAUUUACCUUGUUCUGUUAUGCAAUUUAGUGAUUUUACAUUUCCAAAUAAUGAACCUGAAUCUUAUAUUAGUUGUAAAGAAGUAGAAGAAUAUUUAAUUGCUUAUGCUGAAAAACAUCAAUUAUUUAAAUAUAUCGUUCUAAAUGCAAAAGUUGAUUCAAUUGAUGAAACAUUUACAGUUACGUAUACAGUACGUACUGAUACAAAGAAUGAAAUAUCUAAACGUCCUUAUCAAAAUUUAUUAAAGAAAAAUGAAUAUUAUGCAGUUUAUUCAGAACAAUUUGAUGCAAUAUGUGUAGCAAACGGUCAUUAUUCUGAAAUGUAUAUCCCAGAUGAUAUUUCUGGUUUAUAUAGUCAAACAUUUCCAAUAUAUCAUUCUCGUUCGUAUCGAGAAGCCAAUCAUUAUCGAGAUAAAUGUGUGAUUGUCGUUGGUGCUAGUCAGUCUGGUGUUGAUAUAUGCGGUGAAUUAGCACCAGUAGCUAAACAAGUAAUAUUAAGUAUGAAAGAAGAAAAUCAAAAGGAUUUUGAACGCGUUCUUAAUCAACUUCGACAAAGUGGAAAACAAUUAUGUACGGAUUAUUUAUCAACAACAUUUUCUAUAGUACCACCUAUUGAACGUAUUGAUAAGGAUACAGUCUAUUUUAAAAAUCAAACUUCAGUUAAACCUGAUUUAAUCAUAUUUGCCACUGGUUAUGAAUAUCGAAUGCCUUUUCUUCAAGGUAAAUUACAAGUUGAUCAAAAUCGUUUAUUAAAAAAUCAUUAUGUUUAUCCAUUAUAUAAACAUUUAUUUCAUGCUGACUUCCCUGAUGGUACACUUUCGUUUUUGGCUAUUCCUUAUCGUAUUGUACCAUUUCCACUUGCUGAAAUACAAUCACAUAUAGUUGCACGUGUUUUAUGUGGAAAAAUAUUAUUACCAUCUCGAGAUGAUAUGUUAUAUCAAAUAGAUCAUUCAUUAUUACAACAUAAUCGAAGAUAUCAUUAUAUUAAUAUGAUUAAUUAUACAGAAAAUUUAUUCGAAAUGAUGAAUGAAACUGUUGCUACUGGUGCUAAUGAAGGAAUUGGAAAAGUAACAGCACGUGAAUUAGUACGAAAAGGUUGGCAUGUUAUUAUUGCUUCACGUAAUAAAGAAAAAGCACAACAUGCUAUUAAUACUAUUCGACAAGAAAUUAAUAUGCCUGAUGCUCCUAUUGAUUUUAUUCAACUUGAUCUUUCAUCAUUGACCAGUAUACGAAAAUUUGUUGAUGAUUUUCAUCAGCGACAAUUACCUUUACAUCUUUUAAUAAAUAAUGCUGGAAUAUUUUCAUCGGAGUUUCGAUUAUCUGAAAUCGGUGAAGAAAUACAAUUUACAACAAAUCAUCUAGGACAUUUUCUUUUAACAAAUUUAUUAUUAGAUGAUCUUCAAGCAUCUAUACCAUCACGUAUUGUUAUUGUAUCUAGUCAUUCACAUUUGCACGUAUCAAAUAUUGAAUAUGAUGAUCAAAAACGUAAUCAACCUUUUCCCACAUCAUCCAUUGGUAAAUUGCGAGCAGGCUAUCAAUGUUAUUGUCAAUCAAAAUUAGCCAAUGUUAUGAUGUGUACAGAACUUGUACAUCGACUUGGGCCUGAAUCGAAAGUCUAUUGCAAUAUUUUACAUCCCGGUGUAAUUAAAACAUCAAUUUGGAGAAAUAAUAAAUGGAGCGAACGUUUGAUAAGACCAUUUAUGCGAUCAAUUGAUAAUGGUGCUAUGACAACACUGUUUGUUGCUACUCAUCCUGAUAUUGAACAAAACAAUAUACGCGGCGCUUAUUUUAUUCCUAGUAAAUUAUUACCACCACCAUAUUGUCGACCGGCUAUAGCUGAAAUGAAUCCAGUUGCAAAUGAUAGACAACAAUGCCAACAAUUAUGGGAAUUAAGUCAACGUUUAACAAAAUUGAAUAAAACGAUUUAA